AUGCGACGCGACCCAACACGCGUGCCUGCGGGGGCACCGGUCCAGGUCCAGUUCCACCCCACUCGCAUACCGCGUCCGCGGCACCAGAGGAGGCGCACGCCCAGAGAGCAACUAGUGGAGUUCAGGCACGUCACCGGCGGCAUCGCCUACGGCGAACGCAUCAGCGGUGUGCGGCGGAAAUUUCUCGAACUGCACCGCCAUAUUCGACGGACUGUCACG